CAGACAAAAAUCACAAUGUCUCGCACACUCCCCAAUAUCAUCAUCACCGGCACUCCCGGCGUCGGCAAGACCUCCCACUGCGAGCUGCUGGCCGAGCGCACGGGGCUCAAGCACCUGUCCGUCAACGACGUGGUCAAAUCCAAGGAGUGCCAUGAGGGGUGGGAUGAGGAGUACCAGAGUUGGAUUGUUGAUGAGGAUAAGCUCCUCGACGCCAUUGAAGACGAAGUCAAGCAGGGCGGUUGCAUAAUAGACUGGCACGCUUGCGACUUGUUCCCCAAGAGCUGGAUUGAUUUGGUGGUGGUUUUGAGAGUUGAGAGUUCAGUGUUGUAUGAUCGGUUGACCGAGAGAAAAUACCCCGAGCUCAAGCUUCAGGAAAACCUCGACUCGGAGAUCAUGGAGGUUCUCUUGCAGGAGGCCCGCGACUCAUACGACGAGGAGAUUGUCGUCGAGUUGCAGAGCAACAAUGCCGAGCAGAUGGAUGAAAACGUGGAUCGGAUCGAGGCUUGGUUUAAGCAGUGGAAGGAGAAUAACAGCUCUGCAUAAGGGCCGAUGUUGAGUUUCGGGGUAUAAAAGAUGUGUAAUGGCAAUGGGGGCAAUGUGAAAAAGGGAAAAGUGGUCUUGAUACCCGGAUUCGAUGUGAUCUUUGCAAGAAUGAGGGGGAGUAAAUACAAGAAGGAGGUGUAGAAGCGGCGUAAUCUACGUAAGACUUCACGGAAACUCACAAAAACACAUAUCCAUC